CACAUAGCUCUCAAUAAAGCUCUGUGAUAUUCAUCAUCUCUCCAAUCAUACUCGAUGCUUGUGUAUACUUAAUUUUCUAGUUCGUCUUUGUUUGUUUAUUUUUUUUGUCUUUUUCUAUAAGAAGCAUCCUUUGAACGAAGCUUCCUUCCUCUCUUGCUACUUGUGUUGUUCCUCCACAUAUGUCUCUUUAAAGCUCAGUGAUUUCAAUCGUCUCUCCAACCAAACUUGCUAAUGGAUUUUUCUUAUAUUUUCCUUAUCACUGUUGUUGCUGCAACCAUAGUCUUGUUCACGCUUUUUAAGAAACUCAGAUUCAAACAAGAAGAUGACAAAGAAACGUCAUCACCUCCAUCUCCUCCAUCUUCUUUGAAUCGCAUCUGGACACACCAUGUCUUUCCAAGCUUCCGAGGGGAAGAUGUCCGUAGAGACUUUCUUAGCCACAUUCAAAUGGAGUUUCAAAGAAUGGGUAUCACACCAUUUAUUGAUAAUGAGAUCAAGAGAGGAGAAUCCAUCGGUCCUGAACUCAUUCGGGCGAUUCGAGAAUCCAAGAUCGCAAUUAUCUUACUCUCGAGAAACUAUGCUUCUUCGAGUUGGUGUCUUGACGAAUUGGCAGAGAUUAUGAAGUGCAGGGAAGAACUUGGUCAAACGGUGAUGGCUGUUUUCUAUAAAGUGGAUCCCUCUGAAGUAAAAAAACUAAACGGAGAUUUUGGGAAAAUCUUCAAAAAAACUUGUGUCGGUAAAACAAAACAGGACAUUGGGAAAUGGAGACAAGCUUUGGCAAAAGUAGCCACAAUCGCCGGUUACCAUUCAAACAACUGGGAUAAUGAAGCGGCUAUGAUAAAACAAAUAUCUACUGAUAUUUCCAACAAGUUGAAUAAUUCAGUAUCAUCAAGUGAUUUCGACGGGUUGGUUGGUAUGAGAGCUCAUUUGGAGAAGAUGGAACCAUUGUUAUGCCUGGAUUCAGAUGAAGUGAGGAUGAUUGGGCUUUGGGGUCCUUCCGGGAUCGGGAAGACCACCAUUGCAAGAGUUGUGUACAACAAUCUCUCCAACGGUUUUCAACUGAGUGUCUUUAUGGAAUCAAUCGAAGCAAAAUAUACAAGACCUUGUUCCGAUGACUACAGUGCAAAGUUGCACUUACAACAGCAGUUUAUGUCUCAAUUAACCAACCAGAAUGAUAUGAAGAUUUCUCAUUUGGGAGUUGUUAAAGACAGGCUAAAAGACAAAAAAGUUCUUGUUGUUCUUGAUGGUGUGGACAGGUCGAUGCAACUAGAUGCCAUGGCGAAAGAAACUUGGUGGUUUGGUCCUGGGAGUCGGAUUAUCAUCACAACUCGAGAUCGAAAGCUAUUUAGGACACAUGGGAUUAACCAUAUUUACAAAGUGGAUUUUCCACAACCUAACGAGGCUCUUCAAAUCUUGUGCACGUAUGCUUUUGGUCAAAAGUCUCCUAAAGAUGGUUUUGAAGAACUUGCUCGGGAAGUUACAGAACUUGCUGGUAAACUCCCUUUGGGUUUAAGGGUUAUGGGCUCUUAUUUUCGGGGAAUGUCUAAGCAGGAGUGGGCAAAAGAACUGCCAAGGUUAAGGACUAGCCUUGACGCCGAUAUUAAAAGCAUUUUGAAGUACAGUUAUGAUGCCUUAGAUGAGGAAAAUAAAUAUAUAUUUCUUCAUAUAGCUUGCAUUUCUAAUCAUCAAGUGAUUGAGAAAGUGGAAGAGCAUCUUGCAGAGAUGUUUUUGGAUGUGAGGCACGGGCUUAACGUAUUAGCCGAGAAAUCUCUCAUCUCUAUGGAUGAUUGGAGUGAAAUAACUAUGCAUAAUCUGCUAGUCCAACUAGGUAGAGAUAUAGUCCGUAAACAGUCUGUUCGUGAGCCUGGACAACGCCUAUAUUUGGUUGAUGCGAGAGACAUUUGUGAAAUACUCACUGAUGAUGUAGAAGCUAGUAGAAGUGUCAUAGGCAUAAAUUUCGACUAUAGCACGAAUAGGGUAAAGGAAAAUUUCCAUAUAAGUGAGAGAGCCUUUCAAGGAAUGAUUAAUCUCCAAUUCUUAAGAUUCAAAGGGGAUCAUGAUACAUUACAUAUACCAUGUGGUUUAGAGUAUAUAUCUCGAAAACUUCGAUUACUAGAGUGGAAGUAUUUUCCGAUGACAUGUUUGCCUCCUAUUUUCAACUCCGAGUUCCUGGUUGAAAUAGACUUGUGUUUCAGCCAACUUGAGAAGUUGUGGGAAGGAAUUAAACCGCUUCCAAAUCUCAAGUGGAUGGAUUUGAGUUGGUCUAAAAACUUGAAGGAGCUUCCUGAUCUCUCAACUGCCACCAAUCUUAAGGAAUUGAAUCUCGCAUUUUGCUCCAGCCUGGUGAAGCUCCCCUCUACUAUUGGGUAUACCAAAAAUCUUCAGAAAUUGAAUCUUAGCCAUUGCUCAAGUCUGAUAAGUCUCCCCUCUUUCAUUGGAAGUUCCACUAAUCUCCAAGAGUUAGAUCUCGGUAGAUGCUCAAGUCUGGUUGAGCUACCUCCCUUUGUCGGUAAUCUCAAAAAUCUUAAAAAAUUGGUUCUUAGCCAUUGCUCAAGUCUGGUGGAGCUCCCUUCCUUCAUUGGUAAUGCCACUAGUUUAAAGAUUUUGGACCUUAUCUAUUGCUCAAGUCUGGUAAAGCUUCCCUUUUCUAUUGGAAACCUUCAGAAGUUGCGGAAUUUGAGAUUACGAGGAUGCUCUAAGCUAGAGUUUCUUCCGAACAACAUCAAUUUGGAAUCUCUCGAAAGUCUUGAUCUCACUGAUUGCUUGCUGUUGAAAAGUUUUCCUGAGAUCUCCACAAACCUUAGAGUUCUCGAUCUAAGAGGAGCUGCAAUAGAAGAAGUCCCUUCAUCAAUCGAAUCUUGGUCGUCUCGUCUCACUGAGUUGCAUAUGUCGUACAGUGAAAGACUCAAGGAAUAUCCUCAUGCUUUUGACAUCAUCAGAGAGCUGCACGUAAGUGACAAAGAAAUACAAGAGCUUCCUCCAUGGAUCCAGAAAUUCUCUCGUCUGCAUACACUUGACCUCAAUGGUUGCAAAAAGCUGGUGUCAAUCCCGCAGAUUCCAGAUUCCCUCACUAUCAUAUAUACAGAAGAUUGUGAGUCACUGGAGAGACUAGAUUUCUCAUCUCAAAAUCAAGAGAUUUCUAGUCUCAGCUUUGCUAAGUGCUUCAAAUUGAAUCAAGAAGCCAGAGACCUCAUCAUCCGAACACUGACUAGUGAAUAUGCGGUCUUACCUGGCAGAGAAGUGCCUGCAUACUUCACUCACCGAGCUGCUACUGGAGGUUUUUUGACAAUCGAGUUAAAUGAGAAGCCUCUUCCUACAUCCAUGAAAUUUAAAGCUUGCAUUUUGCUGGUUAAUGAAGGUGUCCAUGAAACUUGCUCUCACGUUUAUGUUACGUGUAAAAAGAGCAAAAGUUGUCUAUAUGACAUUUUAACAGAGCAUUUGUACAUAUUUGAAGUCGAAAUGGAGGUGACUUCCAGCGAGCUUGUCUUUGAGUUCAAGGUCGAGCGUAAAGAUUGGAAUAGGGAUUGGAAGGUAGGACAAUGCGGUGUACUCCAACUCUCGGAGGUCCCUCGAUGAAACAUGUACGAUACUAAGGGAAUUUGGAAGCACUGCGCAUCUGCAAAAUUUUAAGAUUUUCUUUUAGGAUUUCAAAUGUUACUUUAGUCACAAAAGGUCAUGUGUAUCUGCAACCUCAAUUCUUCUUAAAUUUGUUAAUCUUGAACCAUUAUUGUUGAUCUUUUCUAUAAAAAAAAAAACUCAUCUGGAGAAAGCAUUUUGAA